GGACGGUUGUGGGAUCUCCAGUAUUGCCCGUUUUAACUUCGUCUAACUUGAUGAAUCUCGCUCCCUCCUCCUCCUCCUCCUCCUCCGAGGGAAAUCCGGCAGGAAAUACCAACAGUAGAAAACAACGUCACUUCCGAUCCAUACAAAAACAUAGAAGAAAUACAACCAGGAAAUGUUACACUUCAUGAGGAAUCGUCACUGUUUUCCUGGGAGAAGUUGAUGGAGCUGCCAGCAGCAAACAGAAUGGAAAAGGUGAUCAGCUGUUUCAAGAAGAGCCCAGAUGCUGUGGCCAGGCUGAUCUGCUUCCCCUGGGCAGGUGGAGGCUCCAUACAUUAUGCACGCUGGGGGAAUGUCCUCACCAGCUCCAUAGAAGUGUUUGCUGUCAAGCUCCCGGGCAGAGAGAGCCGCGCCAAAGAGCCCUUCUUUGAGAACAUGCAGCAGAUCGUGGACGAGGUCAUUGGUGUGUUGUUACCGGUGCUGAAAGAGAAGCCGUUUGCUCUGUUUGGACACAGUUUUGGUGCCUUCACCGGUUUCGCCGUGGCAGAUGCUCUAAAGAGACGGCACAACCUCGAACCAGUUCACAUCUUCCUGUCCGGCGCUUCUGCACCUUACUCAGAGACGCGUACCAAGGCCCCAAAGAGAAGCGAGCUGUCCGACGACGAUUUCCUCAAGUGGCUGGUUUCGAUCGGAGGGACUCCUCCCGAGCUGCUGGCGAACCCCGAGGUCCUGAAGCUCUUCCUCCCCGCCCUGAAGGCCGACCUGCACGUGGUGGAGAACUACAGGUGCCACCAGCCGGACGGUCCGCUGCUCUGCUGCCCCGUCACGUGUUUCGAUGGAAAGGAGGACGUUCCCCACGACUUACGAGCUUGGAAAAGCAUCACAUCCGGAGAUUUCACCGUCAGGAUGCUCGAUGGAGCUCACUUUUACCUGAAGGAGUCCAACAAUGAAAAAACGAUAUUAGACUACAUCACAAAGCAGGUGGAAACAUCCGAAAUGGACUAUUUAUGAUGAAUAUUAUACAUCGAAUGACUUCAUUGCUGUUUCAUUAAUUCAAAUGUGGAUACAUUCCAGAAGUUUAACAUUGUGUAACAAAGUUUGAUAUUAAAAAGUAAUUCAUUCCAUCUUGAUUGUGGAUAUAUCAAUACUAUGGCUGCAACCGAGAAUUAUUAAACAAGAGAUUCAUCCGAUGGAGGUUAUAUUAGGUAAUAGGUUAGGUAAUAACAGGUUAUUUUGUGAAAUAGAAAAUAGUCACAAGUUCCUUAAUGAUCUUACUUUCAUGUGUUGGCUCCAUCUCACACGUUAAUUAACAGUGUGAUGCAAGUUUGCUGCAUUAAGCUAAAAGACUCAUGCUCAUCUGCCGGAAUAAUAUAUAAUAAUUAUAUUAAAAGAAGAAGAAAAGAAGCCAUGUUUGACACAUUAGUUAAUAAACGAUUAAUUUUUUCAAGUA